AUGGGGACAGGGUACAUGGUGGACAGAAGACAGGGUGACAGGAACAGCGGAAUCGAGGGAGGGAACGACAACGACGGCAAGAAGCCCAAACGCCGUCCCCGGCCCGAACCCCUCUUCAUCCCCCCUCCCAAGCCUGGCACCUUCAUCGCCCCUCCUGUCUACUCCUGCAUCACUCCCUACCAGAGCCAUCUCCGCUCCCCUGUCCGGCUUAUAGACAACCCCCUGACCAUGCCACCCUACACCCCCCCGCCCAUCCUCAGCCCGGUGAGAGAGGGAUCAGGUCUCUACUUUUCUACCUUCCUCUCCUCUGCUGCAUCCAGCCAGGGUCUGCCUCCACCCAGGGUCUGCCUCCAGCCAGGGUCUGCCUCCAACCAGGGUCUGCCUCCACCCAUCACGCCCAAAUCAGCCACUCGCAGCCUGCUGCGAUCCAACAGCGUUGACAUAACCCCACCACUGCUCUCGGCGAGCGGUGAGGCCACUCCAGUCAGCAUAGAACCGCGUAUAAACAUCGGUGUGAGGUACCAGGCAGAGGUACCAGAGCUGAGGCAGCGUUCAGCGGCCCAACAAGACCAUCCCAAGGCUGAGCUGGUCUGGGCUCCUCUCCACGACCUGGAGGCUAAACCUGGAGACCAGGAGAGAGUCGAUGACCUCAUGAACCUGGCGUGCUCAAGCGCUCUGCACGGCGGAGGGACCAAUCAGGAGCUGGCUCUGCACUGCCUGUACGAGUGCAAGGGUGACAUCAUGGAAGCGUUGGUCCUCCUGCUAUUGAAAACCCCCAUCUUCCCAAGGAACCACCGUCUAGGAUACUACCACUACUCCGGGUCAGACAGCUGGACCCCAGUAGAGAGAAGUUGCUUUAACAAAGGAAUCGCUGCCUAUAAAAAAGACUUCUUCAUGGUCCAGAAACUGGUAAGCACUAAGACGGUGGCUCAGUGUGUGGAGUUCUACUACAGCUAUAAGAGGCAGGUGAAGACGGGUCGGAACGGAGCUCUGAUCUACGGAGACAUGGAUCCACCUGAGAGCAGGAACACUGAGGAGGAGCUGGACCACAAGAGCUCUCAGAGCUCUCAGAGAUUAGAAUCUCGGAAGGAAGAGGAAGACAACAGGAACUGGGAGGGGUCAUUUGACAGGAAGCAGCGGGGCUCCAGUCCAAGCAGGAUGACACAGACGUUACAGGCCACAGAGAACGCUGGAGCGGUCCUGGUGCUGAAGACACAGGAGGAUAUGAGGAGAGACCAGAUGUCUUCCCGGGUCAGUCACCCCCCUCAGCGCCCUCCCAGCGCCCCCUCGAAACCACGGCCGCCUCCCAAGACCGGGACCAUAUCAGGGACCAAGGGCCCCGCCGGACCAGAGGGAGAGUUCCCUUGCAAGAAGUGUGGCAGGAUCUUCUACAAGGUGAAGAGCCGCAGUGCCCACAUGAAGAGCCACGCGGAGCAGGAGAAGAAGGCCGCAGCGCUGAGGCAGAAGGAGGCGGAGGAGAAGGCGGCGGCCCAGGCGGCGGCAGAGGCUGCAGCGUUACUGGCCGCGCGGCAGAACGGGGAACGGGAGGGGAACACAGCCGGAGGAGACAGCACAAAUGAUGACUCAUCUGAGGAAAAUGAUGAUGAAGAGGAAGAUGAGGACUGGCACUAAGACCAUAGAGAUAGAAAACGAGCCCACCCCACCUGUCUUUGCCAUUAUGGAAAGUGCACACUCAAUCUAUCUGGCUAAGACAGACAGACAGACACACUGACAGACAGACAGACAGCCCUCUCCACUGUCAGGGUGAGGGGUAACAAACAGAACAGAGCAGAACUCUGAGGCCUCAGAACCCUAGUGCACUCGAGUGUUCAGCUACGGCUCCUAGAGCUCAAGGGACAUUUUACGCCCUCUUGUUACGCCUGAUUUAGCAGCAUUUCUCUGGGAAAAAAACUGUCUUUAUAAACCAACUGCUUUUUUAUUGUUUCAUGGAACAGGAUCUCCUAUCUUGACUCUUUCAGGGACAAGUUCUCUCACGCGUUGUCUCUCUCUUCCCUUUAACCUGCUUGUGAAGUGUUCAGGGGUUAACUCUCUCAGGCACACAGUAGGGCAGGAAAGAAAGCCAUGCCAUCUCUCUCUCUAACACCAAUACUUUUCUUUCUCCUGUCUGCCAUCCACCCCUGGCUUCUUCCUCUUCCUGUCAGCACUUUCAGCCAAUCACAACACAGCACACAGACUCAUCAGGUGGGAACUAUAUAGCCACGCCCCCAGCCCAGCCUUUAAAAACUAGAAUAGUUUGUGAUGCCUGGCAAUGCAAGACUACAUGAACCACAAUGCAACCUGGCUUGGCCACUGCUUUCUCUACUCUCUGCUCCCCAGUUUGAUAUGUUAUUAUGAAUAGAAGGACACCAUAUGAGUGAUUGGGACCAUGCAAUAUUGAAGUUGAAAGGACUUCCAGGUCAUGAAAAGCCCAGAUAGACUGAUGUGGUGGUAACACCAAAGAUGGUGGAUAAAUGAAGAUUUCCCACUCAGGCAGUUUACCAUUGAAAAAAAUGGUCAGUGCUUAAGGGGGUGGCUCUCCCAUAGGCACCAAUGCAUUAGUAGCUGGGUCUGAUCAUUGACUGUACAUGAACCAGAAAAAGUGGGAUGUCUCACUUCUUCCGUCUCUCGUAACACUGCCUGUGUGGAGGCUUACCUACAUGUGAAGGAAGGAACAGUUUAUGGAACAGAACACACAUCGUUGUGUGAGUUUCAGCGUUUUUCCUGUUUGGGACUUUUUCACUCACUCAAGGCUGCCUUGCACAGAUGCGUCGGUCCUCAGUUCACUGGUUUCGUCUUCGUUUCAAAUGCUGUUCUUUUGGGUUUUAGUUGUGUGAAUCCCUACCCUGAUCACUUUGUUUAUAGUCAGCAUGUGGUGUUUCUCCUCACUGUCGAUGCCUUGGAUGUUUUUAACGCUUUUUAUCUUUGGAUGAACGACAAUCAAUUUUACCAAGGUUAUUUUUAUAUUCAACGAAUUACUGUUGCUUUUUUGCUUAUUAUAUCAAAUUGUUAAUGUUGUUUUUUGUUAAUAAUAUUGUUAUUAAUAAUGUCA